AUGGAGAGCUCUGAGGCAUUGGUGCCAGAAGCCGCAGCGCCGAGUAAGCCCAAGGAGCCGAAGCGGCCAGAGUCUUUCUUGCUGAUCUACAACGUCAGCAAAAAGCAGAAUUUCGGCACCUUGCUGAGAUCCGCGUGCGCAUUCGGAGUUUCAGAGGUGCUUGUCGUUGGUGCAAAGAAAAUAUCGACCUUUGGCAAUCAAGGAACAGCUGCGCAUGCGAAUGUGCGACAUUUCGACACUUUGCAGGCGGCCAAAGACGAUUUGAGAUCGAGAGGCGCGCAGAUCUGCGGCAUCGAAAUCGAUGACACUGCACAGCCGGUCACAAGCCAUCCGUUUGGGGGCUCCACAGCGUUCAUGCUGGGCAACGAAGGGGAAGGCAUGUCGACAGCGCAGAAGGAGGUUUGCGACUCCUUUGUGUACAUUCCCCAGUUCACAGGUGCGACUGCUUCCCUAAACGUCGCCAUUGCAGGCUCCAUCGUUCUGCACCACUUCGCGACGUGGGCAGGCAUGCAAGAGCACCCCAGGUCCGGGGAGAAGUUUGUGGUUGAGGCCCCGCGUGGGACGCUGGAGAAGUUCCAGAAUCCCACUGAGGCCGAGAGGGAGGAGAUGGAGCGGAAGCGGGCGGAAAGGGCGGCGAAGCGGCGAAAGGAGCAGGAACCGGAGGAGGCCGAGACAGGAGAUGGGGACAGCGAGCCGUGA